UUCACAUUUGCUCACCUUUAAAGGCCACCAUCACCACUUAAACCCCCGACACAAAACCCCUUCAAAAACCCUAAUGAAGAGUUCCCCCAAUAUUCCCACUUUCAAUCGCGCGGAAACCAAAAACCCUAAACUCCUCUGAAACCCUCUGAUUUUCUCCGGAAUUUCGGAAUUGUUUACAGCGAACAAAAAGGGGAAGGAAAAAAUGGAGGUGGCAACAGAGCAGGGAGAGACGGGGAAAAGCGUGAUGUGCGUGUUAACAGACCCAGAAGGGAUUACUCUGGGCGGCACCAUGUAUCUUCCCCAAAACGUCGGUCCUAUUCAGCUUCAACAGAUUGUCAAUACGCUUCUCAAAAAUGAGGAGAAGCUACCAUAUGCAUUUUAUAUAUCUAAUCAGGAGCUUCUCGUGCCACUUGGAACUUACUUGGAGAAAAACAAAGUUUCCAUGGAGAAAACACUAUCAAUAGUUUAUCAACCGCAGGCAGUUUUCCGGAUUCGUCCAGUUAAUCGGUGUUCAGCUACAAUUGCUGGUCAUACUGAACCAGUGCUUUCUAUAGCCUUUAGUCCUGAUGGACGACAGUUGGCAAGUGGCUCAGGUGACACCACUGUCCGACUAUGGGACCUAAAUACCCAGACACCAAUGUUUACAUGUACAGGACACAAGAAUUGGGUUCUUUGUAUUGCAUGGUCUCCGGAUGGUAAACAUCUUGUAAGUGGUAGCAAAUCUGGAGAACUUCAGUGUUGGGAUCCACAUACAGGGAAGCCUGCAGGCAAUCCGCUUACUGGCCACAAGAAAUGGAUCACUGGUAUCUCAUGGGAACCUCUCCAUCUAAAUGCUCCAUGCCGUCGCUUUGUAAGUGCUAGCAAAGAUGGUGAUGCCCGCAUAUGGGAUAUUUCCUUAAAGAAAUGUGUUAUUUGUCUCAGUGGCCACACACUUGCAGUAACAUGUGUGAAAUGGGGUGGAGAUGGAGUCAUAUAUACAGGCUCCCAGGAUUGUACUAUCAAAGUAUGGGAAACUUCACAAGGGAAGCUAAUUCGUGAAUUGAAGGGUCAUGGGCAUUGGGUUAACUCCCUUGCAUUGAGCACAGAAUAUGUUCUUCGCACUGGAGCUUUUGAUCAUACUGGCAAACAAUAUUCAUCUCCAGAAGAAAUGAAGAAGGUUGCUCUAGAAAGAUACAACAAAAUGAAGGGCAGUGCCCCAGAAAGAUUGGUAUCAGGAUCUGAUGAUUUUACCAUGUUCCUCUGGGAACCUGCUGUCGGCAAACACCACAAAGCUCGCAUGACUGGUCAUCAACAGCUUGUGAACCAUGUUUAUUUCUCACCUGAUGGGCAAUGGGUGGCUAGUGCAUCAUUUGAUAAGUCAGUCAAGUUGUGGAAUGGUACUACUGGAGAAUUUGUUGCUGCAUUCCGGGGGCAUGUUGGGCCUGUUUAUCAGAUCAGCUGGUCCGCAGAUAGUAGGCUUCUUUUAAGUGGGAGCAAAGACUCCACCUUGAAGGUGUGGGAUAUUCAAACAAAAAAAUUGAAACAAGACCUUCCAGGCCAUGCUGAUGAGGUUUAUGCUGUUGAUUGGAGCCCAGAUGGUGAGAAAGUUGCCUCUGGUGGUAAGGAUAGGGUGUUGAAGUUAUGGAUGGGUUAAGAAUAAUCAAUGGAGCCAAAAGUGCAUAUUGGAACAUGGUUGAAACAUUAAAUGAUGUGGCGGUUUCCAUCAACGGCAAGACAUUUGGUCUUAUAGGACCAAUGAUGGGUACAACUGCAACAAACCACGAACUACACAAUCAGGCAAGCAUUGAUGGAAACAACUUUGCGAAGCAUUUCAGUUAUGCAGCCAUUGUCACGGUGUUCCGUAUCGUUUGGUGGCUAAUGUCACCGUAUAUAAGCUGCAUGGAAAAAUUGCGACUGAUCUAGCGUUUUAAUUUAAGUGUAAAAUGGUCUAUUGUUAAUGUUGGUUAUAUUUUUACCUUGA